UCCGGGCGGUGACCCGGAUGUUGUUGCGGCCGCGGCGGCCGCAGGAAGGGGACGCGCUGAGCGCCGCGCUCCGGUCGGAACCGAACGGACCCAACGGCACCGAACGGCACCGAGCUCCGAGGGAACGGCGCCCUGACGUCAUCGCGGUGACGUAAAACCCCCCCCCCCGUUCCCACCCGUCCGUGUCCAUGGCGGCCCCGGGGGGCGGGGCCUGCGGGGACGAGGAGUGCGAGGUUGUGCGCGUGCGCGUCCAGAAAACCGAAGGGCCGCAGCCCCCCGAGUUCCGUUCGUUCGCCGUGGACCCGCAGAUCACGUCGCUGGAUGUUCUGCAGCACAUCCUGGCACGAGCCUUCGACCUGCAGGGGAGGAGGAACUUCGCCCUCAGUUUUGCAGCCCGUGACGCUCAGGGCCGGGAGAACUUUGUGCCGCUGCUCAGUGAUGGGGACCUGGCAGCCGCCUUCACCAGCGCCCGGCCCGCGCUGCGACUGCGCCUGGACGUGAGACCGGCAACGGACUGCUCGCUGCUGGAGGACUGGGACAUCAUCAGCCCCCGUGAGGUGGCAGCGGCUGAGCCCCCCCCGCCCCCCCCGGCCGAGCGCCGUUCCCUGCUGGCAGCUGCUGUGCCCUUCACGCAGGCGCUGUGGGCUCAGGUGGGCCGGACGUUGGCGCGGGCGCAGGCAGCUCUGGUCUGGUCUGACAGCACCUCCCAGACCCCCACGUCGCCUCCAUCCACCCCCCCACCUCCCUGCGCCCCAUUGAGCGACGCCGACCUGCGCUCCUACCUGGGCCCCGGUGGGCGCCUGCUGCGGCCGCACGACCUCCGCCUGCACGUCUACCAUGGCGGCGUGGAGCCGGGGCUGCGCAAGGUGGUGUGGCGUUACCUGCUGAACGUGUUCCCCGCGGGGCUGUCUGGACAGGAGCGCCUGGCCCACCUGCGCCGUAAGGCCGACGAAUACACAGCACUGAAAUCCCUGCUGGCCUCACGGGCCGCCCCGGCAGAGCUGGCCUUGGUGGCGGCCGCCGUGCGCAAGGACGUGGUGCGCACCGACCGCGGACACCCCUAUUUCGGGGGUCCCGAGGAGGGACACCCCCAUCUGGCCGCACUACAGGCCCUGCUCACCACCUUCGCCUUGGGCCACCCGCGUCUCUCCUACUGCCAGGGUAUGUCGGAUGUGGCUGCGCCGCUGCUGGCCGUGCUGGAUGAUGAAGCUCAGGCCUUUCUCUGCUUCUGCUCCUUAAUGCGGCGCUUGGGGCCGCGGUUCCGCCCGGGGGGCCGCGGUUUGGCCCGGGCUUUCUCUCAUUUGAGACGACUUCUGCGCCGCGCGGAUCCGCCGUUUUGGGCCUUCCUGGCCGCCCGCGGCGCCCACGACCUGCUGUUCUGUUACCGCUGGCUGCUGCUGGAGCUGAAGCGAGAGUUUGCCUUCGAGGAUGCACUGAGAGUGUUGGAGAUCACAUGGAGCUCGCUGCCCCCCGCCCCACCGCCGCCCCCCGAGGGGAUCCCGCUGCUGGGAGCGCCCCUGGGGGCACGACGGGGGCUGAGCGAGAGGAGGGGGAUGCGGCCUCGGCCUCCGCGGCGCCGCAGGGAGAAGAGGGGAGGGGGCGGCCAGGAGGGUCCCGGUGGAUCUGAGGAUAAAAACGAUGGACGAGAAGACCCCAAAAUGAACAGGGAAGGUUCUGAUGUCACAAAGAAGAUGAGGGAUGUUUCCACCCCGGAGGAGAUCAGUGUCCAACCCAGGAAGGAGCAUGAGAAGCACAAAAUGAGCUCAACGGACCCCAAAGGCUGCAGGGGAGGCUCUGAAAGCCUCGAAGACGUCGGCACAAAGAGCAAAUGUGAAGGUCUGAGCGUCUCCAAGAUGGUGCAGACCCCAAAGGAGGACGCGGGGAACAACAGUGGGGUUGGUGGAGACACCAGGGAGAUCAAUAGGAAGGGCAGAGCGGGCAGAAGGAGCUCCAGCGUCCAACAAGAAGCUUGUGAGGAGCCCAGAGAGGUCGCUGGGGAUCUCAAAGAGGAUGGUGGAGGUCCCAUAAAGCUCCUCAAAGAUGAUAAAACCCCCAAAGAGAUCAAUGGGGAACAUAAAGGAGGUGCCAAAUGGGGCAGUAAGGACCCCAGCGCUGCCAAAGAGUUUGGUGAAGACCCCAAAGAGGCCAGUAAUGAUCCCAAAGACAUCAGUAAUGACCGCAAAGAGGUCAUAAGGAGCCCUAAAGACGUCAGGGAAGACCUCAGAGAGUUCGGCCAAGGCCCCAAAGAGGUUCGUGAAGGCCCCAUAGAGGUCAGUGAAGACCCCAAACCAGUCACUGAAGGCCCCAUUGCUGCUGGGGGGCUUGGAGAAGACCCCACAGGCGAUGACCCCACAGACCCACACAACGACCCUACAGCUGCGGAUCCCACCGUGCCCAACGCAGCCCUACAGGACCCGUGGGCAGGAGGUUGGGCCUGGGAGGACUCGUGGUCCUCCUCCUCCUCCUCCUCCUCCUCCUCCUCCUCUUCCUCAGAGGACGAAGAUCUGGGUGUUGAAGAUGACGGGGCCCCGCUGCCGCCGCCGGCAGAGCUGGGCCAGGGGAAUCCGUUCCUGCUGUUCGUGUGCCUGGCCAUGCUGCUGGAGCAGCGCGAGGCCGUGAUGGCGCGGGCCGGGGACUACAACGAGGUGGCCAUGCACUUCGACCGCCUGGUCCGCAGGCACCAGCUGCCCCGAGUCCUGCGUCGAGCCAAGGGGCUCUUUGCACGUUACUUGGAGGGCUGGGGGGGGGCGGCUCCGGGCAGCCCCACACAUGGGUAGGGGGGACCCUAUGGGGGGGGUUGGGGGGUGGGGGGGAAUCCUAUGGGGGAUGUGGGAUGAUGAAUUGAUGUGGGACAAUGUAAAGACCACAAGGUUAAUAUGGCAACCCCGUAUAGACCCAAUGGGGAGCUGCAGAGCGAGGUGGGACCCCAUGAAGACCCCCAUGGAGAUGUGGGGUCAUAUGGGGCCCUCAUUCUCCAUGGGGACCCUAUAGACCCCCUGGGGAUGCAGAGGCCUCCCCACAUCCCCCCACAUCCCUAUGGAGUGGCCACAGAGCCCAGCGUCGCCCAGUGCCUCCCAGUAUAAAGCACUUGGACCUGUAUGGGCUAGGACCUGUAUGGGCCAGGACCUGUAUGGGCCAGGACCUGUAUGGGCCAGGACCCGUAUGGACCAGGACCUGUACGGACCAGGACCUGUAUGGACCGGUACUGCUUCCCAACUGGGAAAUCCAUCCGCGUGGCCUUGUGUCGUCCCAUAAGGACCAGUACAGACCAGGACGGCGUCGUGCUCGGGAUCUUCUCACCUGCGUGGCCUUGUGUCUUCCCAGUAAGGACCAGUACAGACCAGUGGGGUCUCGUCACAUCCGUGAGUUCUCCCACUAUGGACCAGUGCAUCCCAGUCCCUGUCCCCAGGUGCCUCUUCCCCCCCCCCUCCCCUUAUUUAUUGACCCCCUCCCGCUAUGGGGCACCGAUGGCACAAAUAAAGCUGAGGCCUGGCA